GGCAGAUCUCUUUCACUUUCACUUAACUGGAAGUAGUUUAAGGAAAAGGUCUUCAUAAUUCUUAAAGCAGAUCUAGUUAGAAUUUCAUUUUUUUCUACCUAUGCCUUAUUCUUUAUCUCUAUAUCUUUCUCUAGUAGAGCUUGGCAUCUUUUGAAAUAUCUGAUCAUAUCAGUUUUCUGUCUAAUCUUCAAGUGUCAUGGGGGACCCUCCAACCUCUAUCGUGCCCCCUGAUGAGGAAAACUUCUCAAAUGUCAUCUUUAAUCGAGUGGAGAAAUCCUACAAGGCUAACACUGAUAUUUUGUGCAGCUUUAUAUACUCUCAAAACUUCCAGCCAAAGAAGAAAGACUGGAUUGGAAUCUUCAAGGUUGGUUGGAAAACAACCCGAGAAUACUUUACCUGGACAUCUGCAGCCAGUGAUCAGGAAGGCUUGGAGAGAAGAAUAUUUUUUAAAGCUUACUAUUUGCCAAAGGAAAGUGAAAAUUACUACCAGUUCUGCUAUGUUGAUGGAAAAGGAGAGGUGCGUGGAGCCAGCACCCCCUUCCUCUUUACUAACGAGAAUAAGGAGGAGGAUUGUGAAAUCCUAAUGGUGAUGACAGAGGAAGAACAGAAGAUGAACACUCAACGUAUUUUGGAGUUACAGGAAGAACAGCAGAGAAGUGCUAAGCAGAUUUCUGAGCUCAAGGAGUCGUUGGCACAGGUGCAGAUAGAGAAAGAUUCUCUAAACAAUAUGGUGUCUUCCCUCGAGAAAGAGAAAUUGUCGCAGACAAGCCAGAUAGAAGACUUUGAAGCAAAGCUGGAAACUUGUAUGGACAACCGUGAGAAACUGGAGCUUGAGAAAAAGGAAAUUCAAAUCCAGCUGAAUUUGGAGAGGAACAAAAAGGAUGACGAGACCAAGCAGUUAGAAAAAAUGAAGACACAGCAUAAGUUAGACCAUGAAGAGUGGGAGAAGAACAUCCAGAGACUACAGGCUGAAUUGAAGCAGGUGGAACUAUCCUUUGAUACGUCCCUCAGGGAAAACGAGAACAUGAAGUUAGAAAACGAGGCUCAACAGAAGAAAAUGGCAGCGCUAAAUGUCGACAUGGCGUUGAAAGAGAUUUUAAUCUCUGAGUUGAAGGAUCAAUCCCAAGAUCUGAAGAAGUUCAGAAAGGAGGUAGAGACGUUGCAGGAUACAUUGAAAGAUCAGAGAGCUAAAGAGCUGGAGACAACCAAAAAAAUGGCUUCUGAUAAAGAGAAACAGUCAAUUCUGGAAAAGGAUCUGGAUCAGCAGAAGCUUUUAAGUGCAACGUUUGAAAAGGAAAUGGAGACUCUUGUGUUGACUGUCGCUGAACGAGAAGCAGAUAUAAGGAAAUUGCAUGAACUGAAUCAGGAGCAGCUGAACAAAAUUGAGAAGGAGAAAGAAAGGUUUAAGGAAGAACUGGAGAAACGGAAUGCUAGCGCAGAGGAGAAGGAGCAGGAGAUGAGAAACCGGUUGAAGUCUAAUGAGCAGAAUACGUUGACUCUGCAAAGGCAGCUUGAUGAGCGGAAGAAAGAAAUGGAAAUGAUGUCUAUUGAACUCAAUGACCUGCAUUGUACAGUUCACCUGCGAGAGGUAGAGAUUAGUGAACUGAAAGACGAACGCAAGAGAACGCAUGAAGAGAUGGAUCAUCUGAACCAAGUACUAAAUCAGAGGUCCAUGGGAACAUUUUCUUCUUGCCUAUCUUACAGGAACCCGUAUCAAGAAGAAGGCUUGUGGCCCCUUGUCGGAGGUCAGGAGAGGCAGCCUGACCUGGAAUGUCCGAUAUGCAAGGAAAAAUUUCUGGGGAGCCAAGAGCAACUGCUUUAUGAUCAUAUGCUGUGUCACGAAAUCGAACAGCAUGAUUAACCGGAGCAUAGCCUUUUGCUUUGAUUAUAUGCGAAGCCACGACAGAUUACAUGAUUGAUUCUCAUUUUUAAAAAUAAGUGCAAUAAUCAUCUCUAACAAUGGUUUUAUUAUAUGCCAUAGCAUUACCAAAUACACAUUACAUGUUAAAGAA